AUGGGGCAGGCCGGCCAACAGCGAACCAGGCAGAAGAAGUACAGCAACAAGAAGUCCGGCCCCAAGGGUGUGAAGAAGACCGUGGAGAAGAGCACCCCCAAGCUGAAGAAGAACAUCACCCCGGGAUCGGUGCUGAUCCUGCUGGCGAGCAAGUUCAGGGGCCGACGUGUUGUGUUCUUGAAGCAGUUGGAGAGCGGCCUUCUGUUGGUCACCGGCCCGUACGCCAUCAACGGCGUGCCGCUGAAGCGAGUGAACCAGCGGUACUGCAUCGGCACCUCAACCAAGGUCGACCUCAAGGGCGCAGACUGCUCAUCCAUCACCGAUGCCUACUUCGCCAGCGACAAGGCCAAGAAGAAGUCAGGGGCGCACUCUCAGGAGUCUUUCUUUCAGGCUGACGCCCCAAAGAAGGUGACCCCUCAGGAGAAGAAGGACGGCCAGAAGAAGAUGGAUACACCCAUCGUGGGUGGCUUGAGCGCGGACCUCAAGUCCUACCUGAAAACUCGCUUCGCCCUGACUUCCAAGAUGUACCCCCACGAGCUGAAGUUCUGA